AUCGCUCAAUUGCCCGCCGCCCGCGCGCCCUUAGAUACCAAUCAUGCCAAUGCGGUAGCGACAGCCUCUCACUCUGCUGCAAUGCUCCCUCCACGCCUCCGCAUCCCCUCGCACCUGCCCCACCUCCGCGUCCGCCCGCAAGCACCCUCUGCGCGCCCCAUCCUACGCCCGUCAACGCGGCCCCUCUACUCCAACGCCGCUCCCGCACCUCCUCCGCAUCGCCCAUGGACCAUAAUCCUCUAUGCCUACGGCGGCCUCCUCACGGUCCACACCUUCAUCUCCUACAUCGGCUCCAUCGGCCCAACACAUGGCGUCUCCAUGGUGCCCACUAUCUCGCACGGCUACCUCGGCACGCCAUUGAUCCUCGAAUCGCGGCUGCACAGGCGCGGUCGCAACAUCCACGUCGGCGACAUAAUAACCUACGUGCACCCGGUGAACCCGUCCACCAACGGCUGCAAGCGGGUGAUCGGCAUGCCGGGCGAUUUCGUGUCCGUGGUGACGCCGGGCCGGCGGGAUGAGGAUCUGGGGAAGGCGGACAAGGAGGGCGAGUGGGCAAGGGUGAGGGACGAGGUGAUUAGGGUGCCGGAGGGGCAUUGUUGGGUCGCGGGUGAUAAUUUGGAGUGGAGUAGGGAUAGUAGGGUUUUUGGGGCGGUGCCGUUGGCGCUGGUGAGAGGGAAGGUUAUUGCGGUUCUUUGGCCGUGGGGGGACAGGAAGUGGUUUGGGGGUAGGGGCGGGUUGGAGGAUGCUAGGGAAGAGGAGAGGGAUUGGGUUGCUGGAUGAGAAGGUGACGGUGGUAAUAGCAUUGUAUAUACUGGAUAGGAUGGGUAAGAGAAGGAUUCUCAAAGUUUAUUGGAGAAUCAUUCAAAGCCCACUUCCGGGCUAGCCAAGGGCCAUGAAGACCUCUGGCCUCAUACAAGUACGGUCUACAGCACGGUUUUUGGGACUCAGAGUGGGUAUGGCUUGCACAGACGUCCCCCCGCCAGGCUCUAAUGCCUCUACCCUAGCACCUAGAUUCUCACUCAUACGCCCUCACGACCUCUUAUUCAAGCGGGUGACAGUACCCGGCGGUAUCAACAUCAAAGAAUGCUAUUGCCGAAAGUCUUGCAUUAUGGAGAAGCAGGCAAUAGCUUUAGUCCCUCGACUGGCGGCCAGACACCGUUCAUGUUGAGACAGAAAGGAGGAAUCAAAGACAGAGCGUACGAAAACUUUGGCAGGAGAUGAAUCUCUAGGCUAUUGAUUAUCCGGAAGAAAGA